AUGACCUCCACAUCGGCGUCGGGCGCUGGCGCCCACGCCGCUGCCGACGCACUCGCCACCCCCGUCCACCACACCCGUCGCGUAAGCUCAGUUAGACCCAGCUUCUCAACUUUCCGCGAGACGCACCGUCGCAGCCGCGCCGCCAGCCGCUCUAGUCACCACCACUUUGAAGAUGAGGACAUCAAGCUGCCGUCACUGGUACCGGGCAUCCGCCCAGCAUACUCGACGCCUCUCCCCGUCUUGCCCAUGGUCGUUCUGUGCAUUGCCAUGCUCUCAGAGCUUCUCUCGGCGAACUUGUCCCAGCCGUUCAUGCUAAACAUGGUCGAAAAGUUCUUUCUUGCCAAAGGUCACUCUCGGGAGGACGAUCUGGAAGCAACUGUCGGUCUCUGGACUGGCAACCUCGUCUCCGUCUUCUACAUCACGCAGUUCUUCACUUCGCUGCUAUGGAGCAGCAUUGCCGACCGACAUGGUCGUCGUGCUGUCCUCGUAGCGAGCAUGCUCGGCAAUGGCAUUGCCCUACUCAUGUUCGGCACAUCGCAGUCUCUUCCGGAGGCUAUCUGCGUGCGUCUUAUUCAAGGCAUCUUUGGAGGCGCUAUCGGAGUGUUCCGAGGAUCGAUCCGUGACCUGACGGACGAUACGAAUGCGACUAGAGCAUACGCAAUGCUCGGAUUCUCCUGGGGUCUUGGUGGAGUGGUCGGACCAGUUAUCGGUGGCAUGUUUGAGAGCCCCGCUGUCAACUGGCCCAACACCUUCUUCGGACGCAUCGCCAUAUUCAAGCGUCUGCCCUACUUUUUGCCUACGCUGCUGGGCGGCUCGAUCAUGUUCAUCGGAGCUGUUCUCGCAUGCUUUCUGUCGUGGGACGGAGGUGUGCGUGGUGGCCAGCGUAUCCAGCUCGAAGUGGAGAAGGACGAGCCGCUCGCCCCCCCUCGCGGCGAGACCCCAGGUCCGGCUCGGCCACCUUCGUCUCAGGCAUUGCGCAUCAACAAUCCGGGUGGUCUCCUGUCUCCCACCGCGCAUGAGGGUACUCCCUUCGGUGGCUCGGUUUACGGACAAACUCCGGGCUAUUCGACCUCGCAUGUGCCGCAGUACGGCCAGUCAGUUCCGCGCACAGUGCCCCGCCACGAAAGCAUUGCAAGCAUUGGCACAGCAUACGGUUACGGUGGUAUUCGUUCCAAGCACCCUACUCUUGCUGCUCGUCGCGCCAUCGAGGCUGCACGCAGGCUCUCAGCAGCGCAGGGCCGUGGCUCAGUGGGAGCUGAGGAUGCGGACCGGAACGUCAGCUUUGCUACCAAGCUGCUGCUAGCCAACGAAGACAACACAUUCAACAUCAACGACCUGUGGCUUUCGGCCGCUGUGGCCCAGGACACGGCUGUGUUCGACGACGAUGAUGAGUACGAUGAGGAUAUCAUGGAUGAGGACGAUGAUACUCGGGACAACAACUUGGUGGAUCUCGAUGACGCUGAGUCGUCUGUUGCCGACACGGAGGACAACCUGCAGUCGGGCUUUUCAUCCCCUGUGACACAGCUCGGCUCGCCCUCGCGUGGCACUUUCUCGCGCACCCGCACCGCGUCGCUUCGCUACGGUAGGCCUCGCGUGUUUAGCACAGCCAGUACAACUGCUGGCUUCCGUCGACCAUCCGGUGUGUCGUCUCGCCGUCACAGCGGCUCGUCCAACGUUGUUCCGGCCAUUUUCUCCAACACGGGUCUCUCAUCCACUCCCGGCAUCACGCCUUACGACGAGUCUGCUGAGGACGGGACAGACCUGUUCUCACCCACUGGCACCGUGCGCCGCAUCGGCGUUCCCGCCCUUACUGCUAUUCAUGAGCAGCAGCAGUCUCCGACGGCGUCGUCGAGUUCUUCGACGCAAGUUGCUGAGAAGCCGGCAUCGAGAUGGAAGCUUCUUCCGCUUCUGGUCAUUGCCCAGUACGGCCUGCUGGCGUGCCACGACUCGGCGCAUGGACAGAUCUUCCUCUCCUUCAUCAUCACUCCUUACAAGAGCGGUGGUGUUGGUGUCACGCCAGCUAAUUACUCGGUCUUCGUCGCCAUUAUGUGCGUCGGCCAGCUUAUCUACCAGUUCUACCUCUUCCCGCGCCUCGGCCCGCCUCUGGGACGCUUCUCCAUGCUCCAGAUGUUCCGUCUCGGAUGUCUGCUCUACGUUCCAGGAUACCUUCUGGUGCCGCUUCUCCACCCAAUCGCGUCACCCACGAGCCCGGGCAACUUCAUCACCAUGACGUCCAUGUCACUGAUCUCGGCGCUCCGCUACUGCGGAGGUACUUUUGCAUACACGGCGAUCAUGAUUCUAAUCAACGCCAUGACGCCGCCCCACCUUGUCGGGCUGGCGAACGGCCUAGCACAGUCGACCGUGUCCAUGGCGCGAUUCUUUGGCCCCGCCCUCGGCGGCGCCAUCUGGAGUUCAGCGAUCGGUGGCAACCCCGCCGGCUACCCCAGAGCUUUCUACACUGUCGCACUCAUCUCCGCGGUGCAGUGCCUCGGCUCAUUCCUCAUCCGCUAG